UAGCUGCCACUGUUAUAUAAAGUUCUUUUAAGAAAAAGAGAAAAUAAAAAAUAAUUCACUCACCCAUGCCAGUUUCUUCCUUCCCCAGCAGCCAUGGCAAGUCUCUCAGAAAUCCUCUCUCGCCUCUACACCGUAGCCAUAGUCUUCUUCUGCCUCCUCGCGCUCGAAGCCGUAAUCCUUUUCCGGUCGGUCACCGCAAGCAUCGCGAAUUCGGAUAAGCGAAGCGUAAUAAGCACAAGCCAAUAUCUGCAGCUGAUUGAAGAGAAAUAUCCAUCGACUCUCUACAAAGAAAAGCUGAGGCAGCAAUCGUUAAUAGAAUGCGCUGUUUGUUUAUCUGAAUUUUUGGAAGGGGAAAGGGUUAGGAAAUUGAAAUGUAAGCACACAUUUCACAGAGAUUGCCUUGACAAAUGGCUGCAGCAAUAUUUGGCUACUUGCCCUCUUUGCAGGACAAAGGUUUUGCCUGAUGAGAUUGUUGCUGAUUUUCAUCGCCUUCAAGAUCAGAUCGAUCAAUACGAUGGGAGUGAUGAUGAGAUCAUUUUCUUGCUUUCUGCUUUACAUGGUAAUGGUUUACAGAGAAUUUUUUAGAUUAUUAUUGCUUCUUUCUUAAUUAAAAUUUCUCAAUUUCAGGAUUUUUGUUAAAAAUUAAUAUUUUCUUUCCUUUUCC